UCCUCACCGUAAAAAGUUACUAUCUGAAAGUUUUUGGUCCCAGUCGCUCACAUUCAAACUUUACAUUUGUUCCUUUGUGUGACAGAUUUUAAACACAAAGCUGGUGAUGAAAUAAGCGUCCAUUGUCUCUCUCUUUAAAAGCCAAAAAAAGGACCUUAGAGAAGUUUAGUGACUUUAUUUUGACAUGGAGUCUGCUGAUAGUUGAGGUGUUGUGAAGGCGUUUGUACAGAGAGCGUGUCGAGUCGAGUGUCUUCAGUUACAUUGAGAAACUGAAGCUGCCGCCUGCAGACUCUGGUUACCAGUCGGAUGAAUAAUAACGUGGCUGUGACGGCGGCAGCAGAGAGGACGGGACAAGGUCCACCAGCGUUUAUCACUUCUGUGGAAAUGUGGUGUUGACUGUGACAGGGGCGGGAUUCAGGACAGAGGUGAAACAAAAGCGAGGACAGAGAGUCGGAGGAUUAAAUAGAUAAAACCAGACCUGAUGAGCCGCGUUCACCUGGACGGGGAAACGUUUUGAAGACCACAGAGCCCCUUCGUCUCACAAAACUUUGAGGAUGUAAUCGAGACACCCGUCGGCUCCCACCUGAACAGGACUGGACUUUCGUUUUUUAACCGUUUUGGAUUCAGAGACGAUGACGUAGAACAUCCACCAAAAACCUCCUUCCUCCUGAGCUGAGCUGGAUCUGCGGGACUGGGUCAUGUACGUCCUGUGCACUCUGGCGGUCUUGACCCUCCACAGCCUCGUCAAGAGCUGGACCAACAAGGCGGUGGAUUCCGAUCGGAGCUCGGAGGCUGCGGGGCAGGAAGGUCGUCCAGAGGGUGGAGGAUGGGGGGCUUCCAGGUCUAAGGGGGUUGGAGGAGGUCGGAUGAAGAGUGUGGACUGUGGAGGACAGAGGGGCUGCAGAGCUGAAGGGAAGCGGAGGCGAGGAGGGGGCGUGCGCAACAUCCCAGACGGCAGGAAACGAGUUCAGCAAGGAGCGAGAUGCAGCAAUGAUGGGGACCUGGAGGCCGCAGGGAGGGAGCCGGUCCAGCGGUCCAGCGCUCUGCUCAGCCCGGCGGUCAUGUUCAGCACAAGAAAGACCUGGGACCUCGGCCACGCCCCCUGCCUGCAGGAUCUUUGGAAAAAAGACAUCUCAUUGGACGCGAGCUCAGUGGACUUCCUGAUGAGUGAUGGUGAAGACGACGGCUCCUUCCUGUCUCUGCCAACCGCCGCCUUCUCACAGCGCCCCUCUCUGACCACAGAGCUGAACGAAACAAACGCACCCAGCCAGCAGCUGCUCAUACAGAAUGUCACCUGGUCCUACUUGUGGACACCUGCUAACACUCUACAGGACAAAGUGAGCGAGUUUCAGGCUCGUCUUCGCUCUGAAGAAGUCACCCGUCACCUGCUGCUCCAGCAGCUGCAGCAGCAGAGCGUCUACGAGAAGACGGGCGUCGGUGUCGGAGGAGUUCAGACGUCUGCAGUGCCCAACGGUGUGCGGGUGUUGCAGCCAGGUGAGCAGCCUUCAGAUCGUCUCAGCUGUCCAGAAGAAGAGCAGCUCGUUACUCGGCUGCGCACACAGGUGGUGGAGCUGGAGAAGAAGCUGUUGGAUCAGACUCAGGAGGUGGAGAGACUCCGCUCUGAACUGGGGGCGACAGACCUGGAGAAGCAGCUGGAGCUGCUGGUGGUGGAGAACCAGCGUCUGAAGCAGGAGCUGAAGUCAUGCAAGAGCUCCGAGCUGCUGAACCUCGACGCUGCUGCAGAGACCUGCAGUUGCAGCCACUGCCCUCACAGUCAGGAUGCAGAGUCUCUGCGGAGGGAGGUGUCUCGGUGGGAGGGCCAGGCCCGGCACAGGGAGCGGCGGCUGGCUGAGCUCGAGCGAGAGCUGCUGGAGAAAACCUCCAGAGUGGAGAGUCUCCGCCGGCAGCUGGACGAGUCGACCCGGCAGCUGGAGGACAGCAGGAGGCAGCUGGAGGAGUCGAGGAGGAGGCAGGGCGAGGCCGAGCAUAAACUCACCCUCCGGCUGCAGGAGUGCGAGGACCAGCUGGCCAGGCAGGCAGCGUCGCCCCCUAGAGUCAAGUAUGUCACUCAGACGGUGGAGGUGGAGUCGGCCGACUCUCAGAAAUCUCUGGCUGAGCUGCAGGUGAAGAACGCCGGCCUGCAGGAGCAGCUGUCUGUGCAGAGGCAGCUGCUGAGGGAGCUGGAGACACAGCUGCACGAGUCCCAGAGGAGCUGCGCUCAGCUCAGGACGCAGCUGCUCACCGAUCAAAGCCGUCUGUGCGGCCUCCUGUCCAAGGCCUUCGGCAGGCGAAACAGCGAGUUGGUUCGCAGGUUGUCCAAGAUCCUGGUCUAUGAGGGAGAGAUGGAGCGAGCUCAGGGUCAGCUGGAGGCCGAGAUGCAGAACCUGGAGGAGGAGAAGAACCGCGUGAUCGAGGAGGCGUUCAUCAGAGCCGAGAGCGAGAUGAAGGCGGUCCACGAGAACCUGGCAGGAGUGCGUAUGAACCUGCUGAGCCUGCAGCCGGCCCUCAGGACUCUCACCUCCGACUACAACUGUCUGAAGAGGCAGGUGCAGGACUUCCCCUUCAUGCUGGACAAAGCGAUCACAGAGGCCAAGCGAGAGAUCUGUCAGGUGAUCAGUGAGGUGAGCAGCACUAACCAGGAGCUUCUGCGUAAAUACAAGCGAGAGAUGAACCUGAGGAAGAAGUGUCACAACGAGCUGGUGCGACUCAAAGGUAACAUCCGUGUUUUCUGCCGUGUCCGGCCGGUCAGUCAGGAGGAGCAGGACUCCGCCGACUCCAAAACAAUGCUGAGUUUCGACUCUGAAGACGACGCCAUCCUCUACCUCUCCAACAAGGGCAAAACCAUGACAUUCGAGCUGGACAAAGUCUUCUCUCCUCAGGCCACUCAGGAAGAGGUGUUUCAAGAGGUCCAGUCUCUAGUCACUUCCUGUAUCGACGGCUUCAACGUCUGCAUCUUCGCCUACGGACAGACCGGUUCGGGGAAAACGUACACCAUGGAGGGCGUGUUGAACGACCCCGGCAUCAACCAGCGUGCGCUCCGCCUCCUCUUCUCUGAGGUGACGGAGAAAGCUCCAGACUGGGACUACAAGAUCACCGUCAGCAUGGUGGAGAUCUACAACGAGACGCUGCGGAACCUGCUGGGAGAGAAUCCCACCGACAAGCUGGACAUUAAGAUGAACCCUGACGGCAGCGGACAGCUCUACGUCCCCGGACUGACUGAGUUCGUUGUGCAGAGUCCGGAGGACAUCAAUAAGGUGUUUGAGUUGGGUCAUAUGAACAGAGCAACAGCGUGCACCAACCUAAACGAGCACAGCUCUCGCUCUCACGCUCUGCUCAUCAUCACCGUGUCUGGAUUCAAUGCUUCGACUGGAAACCGCACACAAGGUAAGUUGAACCUGGUGGACCUGGCAGGCUCAGAGAGGAUCGCUAAAUCAGGGGCGGAGGGCAGUCGCCUCAGAGAAGCCCAGUGCAUCAACAAAUCUCUGUCGGCCCUUGGUGAUGUCAUCAACGCGCUGCGGGGCAAACACUCCCAUGUCCCGUUUAGAAACUCCCGCCUCACCUACCUGCUGCAAGACUCUCUGAACGGAGACAGCAAGACCCUCAUGAUGGUGCAGGUGUCUCCCCUUCCUAACAACAUGAGCGAGUCGGUCUGCUCGCUCAAGUUUGCUCAGCGUGUUCGAAGCGUCGAGUUGAGUCUCUCCUCCUCGUUCUCUAGAAGACACGAGAACUCGUCCACUUCGUCCUCGCCAACACACGAUAGCGUCGAGCUGGACUCCCCCCCGGUGACCCCCGUCCCCCUCCCCAUCUCUCGCGCAAGCAGCGCGGGCUCCACCCUCUCCUCCGCCUCCAGAACUCCCAGUAUAUCCCGGAGGAGGUCCCAGUCCCAGCUCUCCACAGACAGACAGGUAGACAGAGCCAGCCCAUUGGUUGGGGACGGUGGGCAGGACGACUGAAGCUGACAGCCUGAGAGAGACGGAGACGCCCACAGGGUGUCUGCCAACACCCUGAGGCAUCUUCCUGCUGGGACAUCAACGACUGCAAUCUGCCCUCACUGGAUUCAUCCCGCUCCUCGACCUCCGACAGGAGCAGGAUGAAGAAGAAGAAGAAGAAGAAGCAAAGACUCAUGGGAACUUAACAGGCGAAUAUCAGACUCUUAUCUCUGCGGAGUGGCCAAACAUUCUGAUUUCUGAAGCUUUCUUUCUGAGGCCGAUGACGGGACUUUUAAAAGACUCCACCGCUGAAGCCCAAACGUUCACAAGCUCCUCCCACCUGGACAGAAAUCCUCCUCGCAGAGUCUCCUAACAGUAUACGCUUUCCAAUCACAGUAUUUCUUUUUAUUGUUUCUUUGUAAAGUUGCACUUUAACCUUCUAGAUUAUUUUCUAACCCACAGCUCCAGAUGUGGUCGAUUCUAAUAUAUGCAUAAAAUGGUUCUAUAUUUAUGUUUGACAUGCUUUAACUUUGUAGCUCGUUUUAUUUAGAGUUUACUUUUUUUUUGUCGAGGAUGCACAUCACCUGAACAUUUCUUCUGACGUUUAAUUGGAUGAUUUCUCGCUGAAAUCUCGGUAGCUUCAGAUUAAAUUCAUUCUACCCCCUCAUGUUGUGUCAUUUUCCAGCCGAGGCUGUCCAUGUCCUCGCGUUCCCCCUUGAACCAAUCAGGGUACGCCACUUGAUACCAAGCUGUCCAAUGAGACGCGAGCAAUACGAGGAGACCUCCCGUGUACAUGAUUGUUGUUUUCCUCUCCUCUUCCUGUGGAUUGUUUGUUUUUUCCGAUGCUGAUAGAGCGUCGUCUUUUCUCCAGAGACGCUCGUAUCUUCUCCUCGGUGUUUCUCCUGCUGUCGUCCAGUCACCUCUGUGAAGAAUUAAAAAAACUGCUUUAAAAAUACACCACAGGUGACCUCUGACAGAAGCGACGACCUGUAGCUGAUGACCUGGUGCUGAGUGUGACGUGAAGCAGGUGGAGCUGAUAGUUAGCUGUAGUCGUAGUAACAGGAAUGCUUAAAAGGCGAUGAGCUGCUGUGUGUUGUUGACCUGAUGAUCAAAUCGUCUGCUUGCUUCGUGUCGCUGUAGAUUUCUACAGUUAGUUUUUUUUGUAUUCCCUUUUUAAUAAACAAUCUGAAAAAUAAAAA